AGCUAACUGAUCACUAUUCAUUGCUUUCAGUUACCAUUUGCUCGUAUAAUGUAUAGAUUGACUAAGAGGGAAGAUCUUUGCACAUUGGACAGACUACACUUAACUGUUUAGAAUACCACAAAGUCUAAGGAUCAAUAUAAACCAUGCAAUAUAUUUAGUAUGAAGAGAAAACAUCUUUGUCGUCCUCUAUAAGGUCAUAGAUAUAUACCCUUUGGUUCCCUUUUGCAAUCAGUCCAUACAUUUAAGGUAAUCAAUCCCUAGAUUUCAUUUUGAAUGUUUCAGAGAUUAGAAUCAGACACCUAUGUUUUCUAACUUUGGUCUUCCAGAGCUCAUCAGACCAUGAUUAUACUCAUACAGUCAAUUGGCAAAUCAUAAUUAUUGAUUCCUUCUAACAGAACACCAACACUCUCCAAGAGGAGCGCCCUUGGUUAAAAGUGUGUAUCCCUGAUGCAAGACUUGAGAAAGUACAUGCUUAUCUUGGUUGCCCUAACUGUGGUAAGUCAACAACUGCUCCCCUUGGUGAGGCUUUUAAGUGUGGCACCUGCUCCAGGAUAGGCGUUAUAUCCACUCCUAGAAUCACUUUCAACUGCGAAGUUUCAGAUGACACGGGCACAUAUGCCUUCACAACCUUCACCGAGGAUUCUGAAAGACUUUUCAGAAUGACUGCUGCUGAUCUUUUCAGGAUGAAACACACUGGUGAUCUACAGACUUUCAUGGUUGCACGCAAAUUGCUCCGCACUAAGCAUUUCUUCAUUCAAGUCGGGCCAACAACAUCUCUGUCCACAUGCAAUGUGUUGCAAUGGUGCUUGAAGAAAGUAGAAAUUGAGGAUGAUGACAUGGAGCAUGUCCACCCAGCUGAUAACACUCAAGCAGAGAAUGUUGUUGAAACAGAGAUGGCCACUGAAGGAGAUGCAAACACACAGAAUCUCCCUUUGAAUGCUGGCCAUGCAGAUCCAGAAGAUUACACCAAUGCUGAUCCUUUAGAUGCUGAAAAUGCGGCUACAGAGGCUGCUGAGACAGAGGUUUCCACUGAACGAGAUGCAAACACACAAAAUCUCCCUUUGAAUGCUGGCCAUGCAGAUCCAGAAGAUUACACCAAUGCUGAUCCUUUAGAUGCUGAAAAUGCGGCUACAGAGGCUGCUGAGACAGAGGUUUCCACUGAACGAGAUGCAAACACACAAAAUCUCCCUUUGAAUGCUGGCCAUGCAGAUCCAGACGAUUACACCAAUGAUGAUCCUUUAGAUGCUGAAAAUGCGGCUACAGAGGCUGAUCAUGAUGAUGACACUUCAGAGGAAUGACUGUACCCUGCCCCCCUUUUGUCUGACAUGCUAAUUGCAACUGCGUAUGUAUAAAAAAGCACUUGCAAGCAUGUUCUCAGUGGCUACUUAUAAGCCUAUCUUAGCUUUAACAAACUGGUUUAUGUAAUAUUAAGUUAACUCUAGGUCUUUUGAAUGUGGUUUUUCUAGAGGAACAUGUAAGAGUUUAGAAACUCAUAUUCCUAGAAAAUACACGUAAGCCUUUUGGUAUGUAGAUGUGCCCAAGUCGUUAAUCUUAGAACUAUCAGUGGCACAGGUAUUAUCAAUAUAUGUGUGUUUUAUAUUA